CUCUUAUAAUAAAUUAUUUGUUGAGAAAUUUGUUCAUAGUUAAUUUUUAUCAUAGACUAAUUAUGAUACAUACAACUUGUUAUCUAACUAAUUUAACUAGAUAGUUAUUUUACUAAAUUAGAUAGAUAGUUAUUUAAAUAAUUAUUUCAACUUACUCAAUUAUUAAAGCAACACAUUAUAAAAUUAACAAUUAUAUACUAAUUAUUCAACUUACAAUUAUAUACUAAUUAUUCAACUAUCAAUAUUAAACUAAUUAAGUUACUAACAAUUGAAUUUAAAAUAAAUCUAAUAAAUAUUUAAUCAGACUGGUCCAGUCAAACCCAAUCAGACUGGUCCGAUCAGGCCCAGCGGACGGGGCCCGACCAGGCCCAGCGGACGGGGCCCGACCAGACCCAGCGAACGGCAUCUGACUAGUCGAGGCAGACGGCAUCCGCUCUGGCGAGGCGUAUGGAGGCUAGAAGACGAAGAAAAAAAAUACCUGGAGACGGCGGCGACGACUGGAACAGCGGCGAGAGCGAGCUUGGGAGGUCGCGGCAAGAUCAAGCUUGGGAGACUGAAAUAGCAACAGCGAGAGGGAGCUUGGGACGGCGGCUAUUGUGGUUUGGGUCGUCGGAGGCGGCGACUUCUGGGGUCUGGAACAGCGACGACGACGACUUCUGGGCGGCGGUGGUCUGGAAGGUUGGCAGGUGGCCGACAUCGGCAAGAGGGAGGAGUUGGGAGGUGGGCGGCGAGCAGCAGGAGGUGAGGGGUUGAGAGGUGAGGAGUUGGGUUGGGGUAGAUAGGUUUAGGAUUUUAAAAAAGACCAAGAGCAAAAUCAUCAUACUUUUUGUAACUAUGGACGGCAAAUAGUGAAGUUAUUAGCGGCAAAUAGCGAUUCAUCCGCCUCCUCUGAACUAUGCAAAAAAAGUCUUCAGUUUCG